AUUACUUUACAUGUUUAUUUUAUUUUAUUUUUUAUAGAAGUUUAAAUACUUUCGGGGCGACAUGAGCUCUCCUCCCCUCGGCCUCAUCUCGCUCCAAACUCGGUGUAAAAGUCUGCGCGGUUCUUCCGGGAUGUCUACGGCCGUGAGAGCAAAUUCAGCCCCGGGUUCAGCGCGGGCAGAGCGGCCGCGGGACGCAGCAGAGGUGCAGUGUUGUGCCUUGGUGGAGAGCUCAAAGCAGCUUCAGUCUGUUCAUAAUGAAGUGAUCCCAGAGGAGCUACUGGUCAGUCUCACCUCCACCGUCUGCAAAGAUAACGGACUCAUGCCCACUGCCCACCAGCGACACUGCAAGGGCAGCACUUUCCGACGCCCAGAUCCUGUUUGGCAUCAUCCCCUCGGACGAAAGAAAUACCAGCACUUUCUGGAGCAGCCCACGUCUGUGAGCGGAGCGGGCAGGGACAUAUCGUUCCUGUGCGACGCAGCUCAGAGGAAAGCCAUCACUCUGCCUUCACUUUCAGAAAAGGCCGGAGACACACAGAACAUGACCGUGUCCGAAAGCCUGAUCCCAGAGGAGUACCACAUCGUGAAAAACAAAGGACUGAGGACCCUGGAGCUGUACGAGGACUCCUUCACCGUGCAGCUGCGAGACGACGAGCAGAAGCUACGAGUCUUCCCUUCACUGAAGCCCAGUGGCAGACAGGAGGUACUGCAGCUCAUGCGUGUGAUGGACGACAUGUUGGAAAAGGCCGGAGUGGAGCAGCCAAGUGAAGAACUCGGUGAAGUCACUCAGAUUGAGGGCCUGCUGGACUUGGUGCGCACGGAGCAGAAUAUCUACAACGUGGUUUUCCAUGAGCUGAUCCGACAGGUCAGUGUGGCCUGCGCCGAGAGAGGGCAGCUCCUCGCCAAACUCAGACAGAAGUACCAGUCCCUCCUGGAGCGGGUUCCUCGGUUCCUCAAGGCUCUUCACACUGAGACUGUGGCUCAGAGGGCUUUGGACCGACAACUCACUGUGGAGAUCCACCGCAUCAAGACAAACAUCCAGCAGCUCAGCAGAGAACUGGCCAAAAUCAAGGCCCACGAUGCCUUCGUUUCCCAGCAGGCCGAGCGAGCCCAACACGAGCUGUCCGAAGCGCUCAGCCAGAGUCACAACAACUCAGAAGUGGUCCAGGGUUACCAUGAGCUGUAUGAACUCCAGCGCAGUCGUCUGAGCUCUCAGCUGCUGCAGAUGACCGAGGAGAGAGACCUGUGGAGCCACUUCACCUACAGCCUGGCCCUCAAGGUGAUCAGUGUGAAGGACUUGCAGUUGGUCAGUCAGUUACACAACAGUGAAGAGACGUGGCACCAAACAGCGACGAACUGCAGCAUUUAUAUAAACGCAAAGGACUCGGAGGACCUGAAGUCUCUGGCGCACAGCUCUGGGUUGUGGAGGCAGGAGCUGCAGAGGUUCAUGUCUCAGUUGAGGAGCAGGGACCAGAGUCAGUGUGACGUCCUCUGCCCCGUUCAAGACGCCAUCUGCAAGUGGCUCUGCUUCUGCUCCACACACCAGCAGAAUCAUGGUCAAAAAUGUCCCAGAGCGACAGUGGAAGAAAUGAACGCAGAUUUUAAAACAUGGUCUGAGGUCCUGGUCUCUCAGGCUGAGGUCUUCCAGGGGGACGGGGUGUUUGCUCACAGGGAGAGCCUGGAGGCGUUGAUCACGGUUCAGGAUCAGUGGUUGGGUUUGUCCCUGCAGCUGCUCCAGAGACACUCGGCUCCGGACCGAGCUCAGCCUCAGCCCUGCCACAGCCUGAGCCAGCUCCAGAGCCUCCAAUCUGAACUCAACACCAAACUCAGCGACCACAUCACCGGAGAGAACGGAGUGCACAGUCAGCUCCAGUCCCUGUGCGCCUCCAUUCAGCCCUGGUCCGUUAAACUGUCUGAGCUGAAGGAGCAGCCUCACAAAGCUCUGGCCCUGGACCUGAAGAAGCUGGAGGAGUCGCUCUCUCUUUGGAAAAGUCUGAUGGACAAAAUCUUACAUCUCAUUUUAGGAGUGAAAACAGAGACCCAGACCAACGAACCUGCACUGUACACAGAGACAAAAGACGUCGCUGAAAAAGUCAAAGCGUUUGUAGAAUUUCUCAGCAGCUUCAUCGACCAGGAGAACCAAACUGUGAGCCAAGAGAUCUCCAGUGUCCACGAGGGCCGGAGCCGCUGGAUGUUGGACCUGCUCCUCCUCCUGGUCCCAGACAAGGAGCCGAACACACAGAACCACCACAGGGACCCACACAGGGACCCACACAGGGACCCACACACCCACACAGGGACCCACACAGGGACCCACACAGGAACCCACACAGGGACCACAGGCCUCAGUCCUCAGUCUCACAGCUGGAGGACGACGCAGCCCGACUGUCCCAGAGAGUGGAGCGGCUCAGCAAAUACUUCACCAGGCAAUGCACAUACACACUUAACUUGUCAGCUGAUUCACGAAGAGCAGAUUCUGAGCAACCCAAGUCAGCAAGAAGAGGCUGAGAAGGAGGUGAUGGAGUGUAAAAAACUUGAGAAUGAAAGCACAGACUGGAUGGACACCUCGAAAAUCCUCCUGGUUGGUUUAAAAAUGGCUCCUUUAGAGACUCUCACUACAACUUUGAGCGAUGGAGCUGAGAAGGACGACGUGGACGCACUGGGAAACCAGGAAGCACAAGAAAAACAUGAAAAAGUAGAGGAACGAGCAGAGGUUGUUGAAACACUGACUAAAGAAGAAACGACUGAACAAGAACCUGAGCAGAGGGAGCUAUCCGUUCAGAACAGUCCUGUGGUGGAGCUGAUCUCCAGUGACCGCAGCAUCGUUCAGAACAAACUGGGAGAGAGCAAAGUUCGGCUCACUGUGAGCGAGGAGCAGGUGGUGGCUCCAGUCACUGAAGAAGCACAAAAAGCUUUUACUGAUCUGAACACAGUGGAACUUUUACAACAAGAACUGCUUGCUUCAGAGGAGCAGGUCCAGAGCUCACAGCAGAGGGCGCUAAAGGCCGAGGAGGCUCUGCAGACGGCACUGCAGAAGAUCCAGGACCUGGAGCGACAGGUGCAGGGCAGGAGCAGCCUGGAGUCUCCAGAGACUGAAGAUCUUAAACAGCCGGUGUCCUCCUCGUCUCUGGCUCCUGCAGUUAAAGCUGCUCCUGUGAAGAAAACACCACCCGAGUCCAAACCUCAGACCAGCUCCAAAAAGACCAGGAAACGCUGAGGCUCUGCACACGGCACUACUGUUACAACUACACCUCUGCACACGGCACUACUGUUACAGCUGUCUGCACACGGCACUACUGUUACUGCUACACUUCUGCACACGGCACUACUGUUACAGCUGUCUGCACACGGCACUACUGUUACAGCUGUCUGCACACGGCACUACUGUUAGAGCUGUCUGCACACGGCACUACUGUUACAAC